AUCGUGGAGGCGUAAGUUAGCUGCGCCCCAAAGCAGCUCUAUAGCGGGCGCCAUAAUGGUCAGGGGAAAAAUAUGCUCUCGUUCUCGAAAACUAAAGCCUUUCAAAAUCAACUAACCACCCAAAACAAUCCAUAACCCUUCACCAAACACUAUGGUGAUAUUAGUUUUUGUUGUUGAUACCUCUGCUUCUAUGAACCAGAGAACGUCUCUUGGUACAACUUUGCUAGAUGUCGCCAAAAAUGCCGUGGAAACCUUUAUUAAGAUUCGGCAGCGAGAUCAGUCGAGUCGAAAUGAUCGCUACAUGUUGGUGACGUUAGACGAACCGCCGGCCUCCAUCAAGGCUGGGUGGCGAGAAAACCAAGCAAUAUUUAUGAAUGAGCUGAGAAAUCUGCAGGCUACCGGACUUUCCAAACUUGGCACAGCACUCAAAGAGAGUUUUGACCUUUUAAACCUGUACAGGUUGCAUUCAGGCAUUGACAGUUAUGGCAUGGGCCGUAAUCCAUUCUUUCUGGAUCCUGCCAUGGUUAUUUGUAUAACCGACGGUGGCCGAUUCUCAACGCAGGCUGAGGUUGAGGAGGAGCUUCAUCUACCUAUGCACUCAAAUCUUCCUGGCAGUGAGUUGACCAAAGAACCAUUCCGCUGGGACCAGAGGCUCUUUGGGUUAAUUCUGAGAAUGGCAGGUUGCCGUGGUAACUCUCAGGCCAAACCAGGAAUGCCGGCGUCUUCUGUCACUACCGAGUCUGCGAUUGGAGCCAUGUGUGAAGUAACUGGAGGCAAAUGUUACAAAUGUUCCUCCUCCAAGUCUCUUAACCAAGCCCUUGAGUCCGUCGCCCAGAAAGUCCAGUUUGGGAUUGUGGUCAACUUUGAGAAGAUUGGAGGUCCAGAGGCCCCUCCCCCUCCGGUGAUGUCCGAUACCACCAAGGCCAUUGAGUCCAAGGGCCAGAGACACACUGAUUCCCCUACCCCUCCACUCCAGCUUGACUUACCCAAUCACUUGAGUAAUAACUUUGAUGCUGUGGAGGAAGAGUUAAAGAUUGAACCAGUUGAGAAUCACGUGGUCAUCAAGACAGAGGGGCUCCCCACAAGCGGGCUUUCCUCCCCCGGCAGCCCACGGGGUGACAGUUUGAAUUGUCAGUUACUAGAAGAACCCAGUGCAUUGGGCAUAGUCAACUCCAGAUCCACAACAGCCUCGCCUAUCCCCCAAUCAGUACAAAACACAGCCUGGACAAGCUGCUGCCGAAUGAUUUACGUCAAGACCAACCCCAAACUCAACACCCCUGUGGGCUUCUGGCCAAUCCCAGAGUCCUUCUGGCCUGACCCGUCACUUGCGACUUUGCCAUCUCGGGAUUCCCACCCAUCCGUAUAUUUUUCGUGUGUAGACACAGAACCCCUUGUGCUUGAUAACUUGCCAUUUGAUAAGUACGAACUUGAGCCGUCUCCACUAACUCAGUACAUACUGGAACGCAAGUCUCCCUCAUCAUGUUGGCAGACAUUCAUUUGUAACAGUGGUAGAAGGAACGGUGAGAACUCCCAACUUGGUGCACCAUUUGGUUACCUAAAAGCCAGCUCAAACCUGUUGACAGUCAACUUGUUCGUAAUGCCCUACAACUACCCUACUCUCUUCCCACUUAUUGAUGAAUUAGUCAAAGUUCACAAGAUGAAGCCUGUCCCUCGGUGGAAGCAAGCAUUUGAAGCAUAUCUAGAUGCCACGCCUUGUUACUAUGCUGGGCCUUUACGAAAUGCAUUCAAGCGUAUGGGCCUUCCGAUAUCGCUGAUCCCUGAUCACAUUGAUGGCUCCCUUAGUGCCACAAUUUUAAACUACCUCAAGAAGAUCAAGCAACAGGGGAAGAUAGAAGCAGAGCGUAUGGUAGUUCUUGUCACUCAAAAUCUUUCACGAGAGAAUGUGGGCAGAGUACAACCAAGUAAUGUUCAACUUCAACUUCCUGAACUCUCGGCAUCAGAUAAGAAAGACUUUUACAAAACGGUUCAGGAUUUGAAGAAGAAAUCUAAGGAUAAACUGCACUCGGGUGAUAUUGAUAUUCCAAGUGAACCAGUCAAUUCAGUAAAAGAGAACCUGACAUCCAAGAGUUACAAAAACCCAUUUGAUAUCACAAGGAAGGAGUUAUUAGACCAGUUAUCCCGAAUGCGGAUCAACUUCUUUCACAUGGCUGCAACAUCAACAAGACUUCAAGAUGAAGACAAUCGACACACUGUUGCUAUUGCUGACAUGGGGAACUACCAGGAAGUCCUGAGACAGGGGAACCAGUUACGGGAAUUAGACCCUGGCCAAAACCGUGUUCACAUGUUUGGCAACCCUUUCAAGCUGGCCAAAGAUCAGCGUGUUAUGGUCGAUGAAGCAGACGUGAAUGAGGCAAUGGCAGGUCCGCCGUCUCGCAAAAGACAAAAUGACAGCCGGCCUGGAUCCCCCAGGGAUAAACGAAAGAGGCCUGAUUCACCCCCUGUCAAAUGGCCCAGCACCACGAACAAUCACACGGCCACACCCAUUAAUCAGAUUCAACCGCAGAGACAGCAAACUCCAAACAAUAAACCUGUCACUAAGAUCUCUACUCUGAACGACAUUAAGCCAAAUAAUGUGGUAUCCAACAAACCAAAGAAGAGAAAACCUUCUGAGGACCUUCUUGAUAAAACGGAUACUGGUGUGAGGCCUGCAAAAGUUGUGCGUCAUCACAUAAACCCUCAACUGAAAAAGCUCCAGAAACUUCACCAAAUCAAAGGACCUAACAGUAAAACUCCAUUAAACAAUCUAGAGAAAGAUAACGCAUCUUCUGAUAUCUCUUCUAUCUUAAGGAACUCUAUAGAGUCUCAGGGACGGACUGAGAAAGGUUUGGAAGAAAGCAAGAAAUUACUGAACUCUCACAAAGAUGCUUUAGGUGGCGACGGUAACAGCUCAGGGAGUUCCAAGGAGUCCUCCCCAGUUGCUGUCUCCGAGCAGCAGCUGAUGCGAGAGUCGCAUGAAAGCAACAUCCAGAUCAGGAAAUUGGUCUCAAGGAAGAUGCGAAGGCCAGAAAAAGUUGAUGAUGCGGUUAUGGCCCAGGUGGCUAAUCUGCAAGGACCUGCUGAGCUACAAGUACCUUAUCUACAUGACAUCAUCGAAGAGGCCAAGGUGUUCAAGCGCCGGACAUUGGUCACAAAGCUGUUGGUUCAAUUGAACUCUUUGAAAGAAGUGUCAUCAUUAAUAAGACUUGAACAAGAUGGUCCAACACGGAGGUCCAAGAGAUGACAUCAGUAGAUCUUUGUUAAUGUAUAUAGCUAGCAGGAGUGAAUUUUGUACAGCUUUGUCAGAGUAUUUUUCCAUAUUUCUAUGCCAAUGUUCUGGAACUUGUACAAAAUGUGCCUUUCUCUUUAUUAGCAAGAGACAAAUCAAACUAGGAACAGGAAGAAAGGAAAACAAACAGGCUUUGACACAAUGAGUUAUGGCAACUCUUUCCCUCAUAAAGUAUGCAGUUUUGUCUAUCUUGUUUGCCAUGUUGUCUUACCAUGCCCUUCCAAUGCUGACCUUCUGUCUUUGUAUUAUCAAUGUAUUUCCAAGGCUUUUAGCAUGCACAGAGAACAUAACAAUAAAAAGCUAUGCAUACAUUUUGUGCAUUUCUCCCUAACAUUGACUGACUUCAUAGGCAGGUCUGGCCUCAACUCUAAUAAUGAUUAUUAUAUUAUUAUGAUCCAUUUGAUCUAGUAUAUCAUUAUGAUGUCUGGGUGGUAGAGCGAUAAAAUGAGAAUGCCGUUCUGGAUUUGCCUUCAUCAGAUCACGGACAUCAAUGCCCUUUUUCUGUAAUUCUUAAGCGUGCUUGAGCUCUCUAUUGAAGCACUAGACAGUCAUUCUAGAAUCUCAAGUUUUUGUUUUUCGUAAGCCCCCCCCCCCCCCCCCCGUAAGGGAAGCAUGACCCUUGACUUCUCUUAACACCCCCCCUCCCCCCCCCUCUCUCCUAUAUGUCAGUUAGGCCCCUAAAGGAACCACCUAGAUUGUGGUGGUUCAAAAAAAAAAGGAAAGGCAUAUUUUGUUGAAUUUAAAAAAAAACAUGUAUUUUUAAGCCUCUUAUUUUCCAAUACUUCAGAACAGCAAUUUUUGUGAGUGACAUAUGCCACUCAAAAAAAAGUAGUUGGUAAACCGAGGUCAAUAAAAUGCAUUUUGCUUA